UGACAUCAAUUUCCGCUACAAUGGCACACAGCAAAAGUUUAGCAUUAAAUUGCCGCUGUCGGUUAACAAAUUCUUUGAGCCAACUGAAAUGAAUGCCGAAUCGUUCUUUGCCCGAUGGAAGAACCUCAGCGGUGAACAGCAAAGAUCGCAAAAGGUGUUCAAGGCGGCACAGCCAUUGGAUUUGCCAGGAGCACGCAAUAAGCUGAUGGGCUUUGGCAUGCAGCUGUUGGAUCAGGUUGAUCCCAAUCCCGAUAACAUGGUCUGUGCGGGCAUUAUACACACGCAAUCACAGCAAGUGGGCUGCCUGCUGCGACUGGAGCCCAACAAGCAGGCGCAGAUGUUCCGAUUAACUAUACGCGCCAGCAAGGAGACUGUGACUCGGGAGAUCUGCGAUCUGUUGUCGGAUCAGUUUUAAACAAAGACGCAAUCAUUUUCUAUACAUGUGUGUAACUGGAAAUAUGUCUACUGGAGCAACUGCAGCAACCAUUUAAUGCACAAUCCGCGAAUCCUAUUCACCUAGAGAAAAUAUCAAAAAAAAAAAGAAA